AUGUUUGAGUAUGAGUCUAAAGACUUACAUACUCCCAUAUCAUCUGAUGAUGAAGGAAGAGGUGAAAAGUUUCCAGAGUUUAAUGAUGAGUAUGCUCAUGGUGAGGGCAGGUUUGAGCUAGGAACUAGGUUUGCCACUGUAGACAGGUUCAAGGAGGUAGUUAAGGAUUGUUUCAUCGCUGAGGGUCGGGAAGUGAAAUGGAUAAAAAAUGACAAAGAGAGAGUGAGAGUGGGGUGUGGGGAUAAGGAGUGCCCUUACUUGGUUCACUUGUCAUAUAACAAAAGUCUGCAGUGUUAUCAAGUGAAGACCUACCAUCCAGAACACACUUGUGCGAGGGAUUUGGGCAGCAACGCUGCUGAUCAACACAGGCUAAGUAAGAAGAUUGAAAAGCGGAUGUCCACCCAACCGCACAUGAAUACAAAGGAGGCUACUGAUUUUCUUAAGGAGGACUUUGCCCUCUGUCCCCAUCCUAAAAUGGUUUAUAGAGUAGUGAAGGAGGCUAGGGAGAAGAUCCAAGGAAAUGAAAAGGAACAAUACAAGAGAUUCAGGGAUUAUUGUGAGGAAAUACUGAGGAGCAAUCCAGGCUCAUCAGCCAGGCUUGAGCUCAUGCUAAUUCCAUAUGGUCCCCCUGUUUUUGAUAAACUAUACAUUUGCCUAGAGGCCUGCAAACAAGGUUUCAAAGAUGGUUGUCGUCCCCUAUUGCAUUUGGAUGGGUGCUUUCUGAAGACAUAUUACGGUGGUUGGCUUCUAGCAGCAGUUGCUCAGGAUGCAAACAACCAAUUUUAUGUUGUUGCCUAUGGAGUGGUCAGGGCUGAGACUAAGGAUGCCUGGAAGUGGUUCCUGACCAAUCUGCAAGGGGACAUAGGAGACGAUGCUAACCAUGGCUGGAACUUCAUUUCAGACCAACAGAAGAUAACUCCAAUUUAUGGUUAUUGUCAUUGCUCUGGUUUGCUGCCUGCGUUGAAGGAGGUCAUGCCUCAUGCUAAGCUCCACAAUUGCGUUAUGCAUAUGUGGAAAAACUUCAUCAAUCGUUACAAUGAUCUGUACAUUCGACAAGUUGUGUGGGAGUGUGCCAGGUGCACGACUGUUGCUGAGUUCAAGGAAUGCAUGGAGAAGUUGAAAAUAGUUAACAAGGGUGCCUGGGAGUACCUCAGCAAAUUUGAACCUGAGACAUGGGUGAAGGCUUACUUCUCCUAUGGGCCAAAAGUGGAUAACCUCACAAACAAUAUGUGUGAGGUUUUUAAUGCAAAAAUAGUAAGCUAUCGCUGCAAGCCUAUCCUGACCAUGUGUGAAAAAAUCAGAUGCUAUCUCAUGAGGCGGAUGGUGAAUCAUAAACGGGUCUUGGAGAAUCACUCAGGGAGGCUAGCACCAGUUCAGGAAAAGAGGAUGGAGAAGCUAUUAAACCUAAGCACCAAGUGGACAGCUGAAUGGGUUGGUGAUAAUGGACGAAAGAGGUUUGAGGUUUCUCGGAAAGGAACUAAGGUGGAUGUGGACCUCAUUAGGCACAGUUGCUCAUGCAAUCGAUGGCAACUGACUGGCAUGCCCUGCUUACAUGCAUUUGCUGCCAUAAGGAAGAGACAUGACACACCUCAGGACUAUGUUCACCCUUGGCUAUGCAUGGAGUCCAUUAGGAGGACAUAUGCACACUGUAUUAAGCCUGUUCCAAGUCCAGAAUUUUGGGUUGGAACUGAGUUCUCGAAGCCAAACCCACCUAUUAUCAAAAGGCCAAUUGGACGGCCAAAGGUUCAUAAUAGGCAAAAGGAUCCGGCUGAGCCACUCAUGCAAGAAGGAAAACUGAAAAGGUCAUUCGUUGUAUCUUGCAGCAAGUGUGGUUCAGAGGAUGCAUCCAGCAGCCAACCAGUCAGCUCCCCAAACCCCACUGUUGUGGAAUCACCUGCCACAAGCAAUCCACCUAUGCCACAAGCUCCAACAAGGGUGACAAGAUCCACACUUAUCAUUUCACCUCCAGGGCCAACAACUGCUCAAACCAGGCCACCAGUCCCAACUAUAGGCCGUCCAUUUAAACCUUCAGCGAAAGCCAAUGAUACAUCUCGCCCACAAUAG